CUUUCUGUGUUUUAUUUUAGCUAUGUUCAAAAAUUGUUGAAAGUAGCUGCUGAGAUUUUUAGUUGUUGAAAGAGAACUAAGAUUAAUUUCAUUCUUUCAUCAUGGCGAACAGGGAUAUCUACAAACAGGAGCCGAUGGACGAUGAGGAUGCUACGUUGAAACGUAUCAAAUCAAGCGUGAGCAAAAGAAAAGGGAGAGGAUUUGAUGAUGCUGCAUCAACAAGGACACAUGGCUCUUACGAUCAAAUGGAAGUAGAUGGAGACGACUCUACACAGGGACCACAAAGAUCUGUCGAAGGCUGGAUUGUAUUCGUCACCGGUGUCCAUGAGGAGGCGCAGGAAGAGGAUAUUCACGACAAGUUCUCAGAGCACGGCGAAAUCAAGAACCUGCAGUGUAACUUAGAUCGGCGGACAGGUUUCAUUAAGGGAUAUGCGCUAAUAGAGUAUGAAACCUUGCGCGAAGCUCAAGCCGCAAUCGACAACCUCAGUGGCAAGGACCUGCUUGGACAGACCAUCCGCGUCACAUGGGCUUUUAGUCGCGUUCCCCACAAGUCAAGACGGUAGUGGCACAUCGCUAUUCAUGCUCUGUGUGUGUGCUCUGUGUGUGUGCGUGUGUGUGUGUGUGUGUGUGUGUGUGUUAGACAUACGUAGCUCGUUCUCUCCAACCGGUGCCGUUUGGGUACGGUGCAUUUCUUGCCUACUUUUUGACAUGAUCGUUGACUGUGCUUCCUGAACAUUUUAUCAACACUGUGUGUCACGAGCCGCUUGUGCAGCCACGACUAUGAGUGCAGAAGAAGUCCUCUCUCCUCCUUCUCCUGUGACUUAUGCCUCUACUGUCUGACUGGAGUCACACACAGCUUAUCUCCCUGCUCGAAUUUGUUCUCUUCCACUUGCUACAUAUGUCUUGUCGCAAGUUAUGCCGCUUUGCUGUAAAUAUACAAUUGAUGCCAUGAGACAUGGAAUAUGAUUUGCGAGCAGCGUCCAGGACUCUGCAGCCCCGUACUCGUGCUGAGCAUGUAUUUUGACUGCGUGAUACUUUCUAAGGCAUGAUGUACUCGAGUUCAACACAAGGCACAGCUAUCACUGGUUAGUAGUGCUGCUGUCAUAUGCAGAAUCACAGCUGUAGUCCUGUAAGAGCAGCAUGAUGGUGUCCUGCACCAUGUUCUUGGCUUCUUUCA